CCCACCUACAGCUGCGCAGUGACAGCCCUCGCUAUCCACCCUGUCACCAACAACCUUGUUAUCGCCUACUCAGACCAGCAGCUGUUCGAGUUCAGCAUCCCCGAGAAGCAGUACACGGCCUGGAGCCGCAUGGUGCAGAACUGUGGGCUGCACAAGGUCUGGCUGGAGAGGGACACGCCCAUCACCCACAUCACCUUCAACCCCAAGAACCCGUCGCACAUCCUGCUCCACGACACCUACAUGUUCUGCGUCCUCGACAAGUCCCUGCCCUUGCCAGACAACAGUGCCCUCCUGAUGAACCAGAGCACCCUGAAGCAGCUCCCGGAGACUGCCAGGCAGCGGCAGCUCCACGCCUUCAAGAUCUGCAAGAAGUUCCAGCCCCUGCUCUUUGCGGAUCUGCUGGAUGAGAACUGCCUGGUGAUGGUGGAGAGGCCCAUCAUGGACAUCAAGACCCAGCUGCCGCUGCCCAUCCAGCAGAAGAAGUUUGGCACCUGA